AUGGACCGCAACAGCGAGAAGCUGGGCGUCGACCAGAUCGACGACAAUGCCGCAUACCAGACCGACUCCAACAUCCUCGACAAUGAGUUCACCCCAGCCGAGCAGAAGCGCAUCAUCCAGCGCAUCGACCGCCGCCUCGUCACCACCGUCGGCCUCAUGUACUGCGUCUCCCUGAUGGACCGUACCAACCUGGGCAAUGCCAUCAUUGCUGGCAUGGGCAAGGAGCUCAUGCUCAUUGGGGACCGAUACUCAAUCAUCACUCUGCUGUUCUUUGUGACCUACAUCAUUUUCCAGCCCCCUUCGACCGUCAUCUGCCGUGCCGUCGGCCCAAGAUUCCACCUUGCCGGAAUCACUCUGCUCUGGGGCGGAUGUAUGAUUGGCAUGGGGUUUGUCUCGAGUUGGGAUCAACUGGCCGGCCUCAGGGUCGUCCUGGGUCUGCUCGAGGCUGGCUUCUUCCCCAGUUGCGUCUAUCUCCUCAGCACCUGGUAUACAAGAUAUGAGAUGGGCAAGCGCUAUGCCGUCUUCUACCUCCUGGGCUGCGUCGCGUCCGCCUUCGCCGGCAUCCUGGCCUUUGGCCUGAUGCACAUGAACGGGCUCGCAGACCUGACUGGAUGGCGUUGGAUUUUCAUCAUUGAGGGUGUCAUCACCUGCGUCGUGGGCAUCGCCGGCUACUGGCUGCUCGUCGACUUCCCAGACUCCAAGAGGAAGUCGUGGCGCUUCCUUCCCGAGCGCGAGCGCGCCUGGGUCGUUGCUCGCGUCAACGCCGACCGCGGCGACGCAAAGGUCCACGCCUUCUCUCUGGCCAACUUCAUGCGCGGCGGCACCGACUGGAAGAUCUGGGCCUACGCCCUGAUCUUCUUCAACACCACCACCAUCAGCUACGCCCUCGCCUUCUUCCUGCCCGUCAUCUUGAACGAGUCCCUGGGCUUCGAGGUUGGCGCCGCCCAGUGCCUCGUCGCGCCCCCCUACGCCUUUGCCGGCUUCGUCAUGUUCGGCACCGGCUGGCUGGGCGACAAGUACAGGACCAGGGGCAUCCCCAUCCUCAUCAACAUGACCUUUUGCAUCAUUGGCCUGCCCAUCAUGGGCUUCCACCCCAACCCCGCCGUCAGGUACUUUGGCGUUUUCCUCGUUACCGCCGGCGCCAACUCCAACGUGCCCGCGACCAUGUCUUACCAGGCUACCAAUAUCCGCGGCCAGUGGAAGCGGGCCUUCUGCUCCGCCACGCUGGUAGGCUUCGGCGGACUCGGCGGUAUUGCCGGUUCCUUGGUCUUCCGAAACCAAGACAAGCCCUCAUAUCACCCAGGCUUGUAUGCCUGCAUUGCCUGCACCCUAUUGAACAUCCUCUUGGUCGGGAUCCUUACUGUCUACUUCAAGAUCGAGAACCGCCGGGCGGACCGCGGCGAGAAGGAGCUCGAGUCCAACGACGAGGACUUCCAGCCUGGGUUCAGGUACACGUGCUAG